CUUCCACAUUAAUUUACCCUUUAAUCAUAUUUUUAUUAAAAUAUAAUCAUGAUUUCUUUAUAAAAUCAUUUUAUUUCUUAAAUAUUUCUCAAUAUUACAAUUUUAUCCCUAAAUUGUUAUAUCUUUCUACAAUAGUAUAAGAUUAUAAAAAAUUAAACAUGGUGUUACCCUUGACUCUUUUGAGGGCGGGGAAGAGUCAACCCACUCUGAUUGAACUAAAAAACGGUGAAACUUACAGUGGAAUUCUGGACUCCUGUGAUGCUUUUAUGAAUAUGCACAUGGUAAACGUUGUUUGUACCUCCAAGAGUGGGACUGAUUUUUGGAAGCUGGAUGAAUGUUUUAUUAGAGGGAAUACAGUUAAAUCUCUCAGGCUGCCAAACGAAGUAGCUGAAAUCGCUAAGGAAGAAAAACGACCACAGCGGCCUCAGGGUCAUACAUAUUCUGGAAGAGGAAGAGGACGAGGCGAUGGUGGAGGAAUGAGAGGGAGAGGGCAUAUGUACCACAAUCCUAGAAGAUGACUUUUAAUAAUUCAAUGUAUUUAAAAAGUGA